ACCUUAUCCAUUUUAUCAUCAUCUCAAAAAAAUUUUAUACAGUCUUAUUAAGGCCACAAAUUUCCACUUCACUUAGCCAAUUUUUUUUCCAAGAGAAAAAAUGUUAUCAAUGUCAGUUCAAUGUAGCUUGAAAACCAACUUGAGUAUCCCUUCUUUACCUUCACAAAAUCCCUCUUAUAAAUCCUUCAAAUCAUGUUCUUCAUUCACUUUAAGCAACAAAAAAACUUCAUCAAAAAGUAGAAUUCAUAGGCUUUUUGCUUCAGCAGUUACUGAAACAGAAACUGAACCAGUUGUAGCUGACACUUCAGAGUCUUCUGUUCAAGAAAUACAGAAAUCUGAUAUGAAGAAAAAGGUAAUUGAGAAGCCAAGGUUAGUGUUAAAAUUCAUAUGGAUGGAAAAGAACAUUGGACUUGGUCUUGAUCAAGUGUUACCAGACCAUGGAAGUGUACCAUUAAGUCCAUAUUUUUUUUGGCCAAGAAAAGAUGCAUGGGAAGAGUUGAAAACAACACUAGAGAGCAAGCCAUGGAUAUCACAAAAACAAAUGAUUAUUUUGCUUAAUCAAGCAACUGAUAUUAUCAAUUUGUGGCAACAGAGUGGUGGCAAUUUGUCCUAAUUAAUUGUGUUUUGUGUUUAUUUUUAGGCUAGUGAUUUCAAAUUCAGUUUUUGUUUUGUUUUGGAUAUGUUCAUCUUCUUUUUAAGUGUACUGUAGUUGAAGGAGAACAAUUGGGAGCAAGAAGUGUCAUUUUUGUUUCAA